AUGGGUGGUUCGACUGCUCUCGAUACCCUUGCUUCGACCGCUUUCACUGGCCGCGACAAGCACUAUACAGGCAUCCUCUUACAAAGAGCCACGAUUGUUCUCACAUUGUUCUUCAUUCCGGUAGCACUUAUCUGGGUGUAUGUCGAGCCUCUAUUUGUCGCUCUUGGUCAAGAUAAAUCACUUUCGCAAGAUUCGGCUAGGUUCCUGACGCAUCUGAUUCCUGGUGGUCUUGGAUACAUCUACUUCGAAAUACUCAAGAAGUACUUGCAAGCCCAAGGAAUCGUGCAGCCAACAACCUACGUCCUCCUGGUUACCGCUCCCAUUAGCGCUGGUCUGAACUACUGGUUUAUCAAGUUUUCAGGCUUUGGUGUGAUGGGAGCUCCUUUGGCAACUGGCGUUGGGUAUUGGCUGUCUUUCUUUGGCCUUCUCGCUUACGCAUGCUUCGUCGAGGGAUUCGAGUGCUGGAACGGUUGGGAUAGGCGUUGUCUUGAGAAUCUGCCAGCCUUUGCCCUCCUUGCUUUCCUCGGAUUUGUCCAUUUGGGCACGGAGUUCUGGGCAUUCGAGAUUGUUGCUCUCGUUGCCGGGCGCCUUGGCCCGCUGCCGCUGGCUUCCCAAAGCGUUCUCAUGACCGCAGAUCAAGUACUCGUUACCAUACCGUUUGGCAUUGGCGUGGCGACAAGUAUGAGAGUUGGUGGGCUGCUUGGCCUCAGAGACAAAACCGCUGCCAUCAGAUCCGUCAAAGUCGCGAUAUUCUUGACUCUAUCGGUGGCUACUUCCGUCAUGAUUUUGUUGAUUGUCAGCAGAUCUCGAUUUGCUGCUAUCUUCACACCUGAUGAGACAGUGAUAUCAUACACAGCAAGGGUACUGCCAUGGGUGGCUUUGUUUCAAAUAUUCGAUGGGCUCAACGGGAGCUGUGGAGGGUCACUUCGUGGGAUGGGAAAACAGAACGUUGGCGCCAGUAUCAACGCUCUCGCAUACUACGUUGUCGCGCUGCCGCUUGGUACUUGGAUGGCCUUUUCAGGAUGGGAACUUUCGGGACUCUGGAUAGGACAGACUAUAGGCAUGAUUCUAGUCGCAGGCUUGGAGCUUGCUGCGAUUCAUUCUAGCAACUGGGAUGAUGAGAUCAAGAAAGCAUUCCAGAGGAUAGGUGCCUAUAACAUUGCUGACUUACUGAAGGACAACUCUGCCUUUGCGGGUAUCACAACCUAUGGGCUGUUGCCUCACUUCCCUUGCCUUAAGGAUGAGUCUGUUGCUUUCGACAUUGCCACUGUCGGAAUCCCUUUCGAUAGCGGUGUUACCUAUCGACCAGGAGCUCGAUUUGGCCCUUCGGCAAUUAGACAAGCCUCUCGGCACCUGACUUUGGCAGGAGGCUACAAUGUAGCUCAGCGCGUGAAUCCUCUCAAAUUCUGGGGACGGGCCCUCGAUUGCGGCGAUAUUCAAGCUUCACCCCAUGACAAAGAAAUUGCAAUGGAAGAUAUUGAAAAGGGGUACACGAGCCUCCUCCAACGCCCGGCCUACACGAGAUCGACAGCUGCUGGACCGAAACCUCUUAAAACGAUCCCUCGACUUCUUACACUGGGCGGUGAUCAUACAAUUCUUCUGCCUAUUCUGCGAAGCAUUCACAAAGUUUACGGACCCGUCAGCGUCAUUCACUUCGAUUCCCAUCUGGACUCGUGGAACCCAACGGCAGGGGCGCCUUCAGAUGCUGCACAGAUCACACAUGGCAGUUUUUUCUACUGGGCAAACCAGGAGGGGCUGAUUUCCAAUUCGAGCAAUAUGCAUGCUGGCCUUCGUACGACUCUGUCAGGACUUGGAGACUAUGAUGAGGACGAGCUGUGUGGUUUUGCGCGUAUUGAGGCUCGCGAGAUUGACGAUAUCGGCACACGCGGUAUCAUCAAGAAGAUCACCGAGCGUGUCGGUACGAACAGGCCGGUUUAUUUGUCCAUUGAUAUUGACACACUCGACCCUGCCUUUGCUCCAGCGACGGGCACUCCCGAGACUGGAGGUUGGUCGACUCGGGAGCUUCGCGCAAUCAUUCGAGGGCUCUCUGACAUCAACAUCAUUGGUGCGGAUGUCGUUGAAGUGUCUCCAGUGUAUGACACAAAUGCUGAGGUCACAUCGCUUGCGGCCGCAGAUUUGGUCUAUGAGAUCAUGAGCAUCUUUGUGAGGAAAGGUCCGAUGACAAUGGCUGAUGAGUAA